AUGGCGUCUGGCCUUCUUCUCGUUGCCCUGUUCGCUGCAGCGGUGCUGUACAUCGUACUCCUCUGGCGCCAAAAACGUGCCUCCUUCAAAGGCCUGCCGCAACCUCCCGGCCAUCAUCCACUCUUCGGCCAUGCCAAGGUCAUCAAGGAAUUGGCGGAUGAAUUGCCGCCGGGUAUCCAUCCUGCGUGCUAUGGCCAUCUGUUGAGGCAAAAAUACAACCUGCCCAGGGCUUUUUACGUCGAUAUGUGGCCAUUUUCGCACAAUUGGCUGCUCGUCAACAGCAAUGAGCUAUCCGAGCAGCUUACCACAAAGCCCAACAUCAACAAGUUUGGUGCCCUGAAAGGCAUGCUACAACCCUUCGGCGGCAAGCGGAACCUCGUUGUUAUGGAAGGCGAGGAAUGGAAGAGAUGGCGUGGCAUCUUUAACUCGGGCUUCUCCGCUGCCAAUCUAUCUAAGCACGUCCCGGCAAUCGUGCAGGAAACGGAGAAGUUCCUGAACGUCCUCGCUUCGAAGGCCGCUUCCCAGGAGAUCUUUUCAAUGGAACCCGUAGCUGUGGACCUGACGGUGGAAAUUAUCGGCCAUGUCAUCUUGGGCAGCGCAUUCACCUCUCAAUCAGGGGGUCAGGGUUACAAAGAAGGCCUCCGGGACCAAAUCCACUGGGUAUCCAUUGGCUCCAAACCCGGCUUCGGUGCGAUUCGGCAGCUCGACCCGUGGCGUUCCUACAAACUCUGGUCCAACGAGCAAAAGAUGAACCGUGCCAUCGGCCGUGUCAUCGAAGAGCGCUGGGUGGAACGCCAGAAGACCGGACCGACAGGAAAGAAAGCGCUCUACGCGAUUGACCUUGCACUGGACGCCUACGCCGCCGAUAAGAAAGCCAUGGGCCAGGAGGCCACCGCCACCAUCGACGCCGAGUACAUGACGAUCCUGCAGGACCAGAUGAAGACUUUCGUCUUCGCAGGGCACGACACUUCCUCGGGCACCAUCUGCUACAUCACCUGGGUCCUCCACAAGCAUCCCGACUGGAUGUCCGAAGUCCGCGCCGAGCACGACCGCGUGUUGGGCACCGAUCCGUCGACUGCCGGCGCUACUAUCGCUGCACGCCCUAACGUCAUCAACGAGAUGCCCGUCACCUCCGCCAUCAUAAAGGAGACGCUGCGCGUCUACCCGCCCGCCAGCACCAUUCGCGGCAGCGAGGUGCCCUAUCCCAUCGUUGACCCAGAGACGGGCGAGACGUUCGAGACCAAGGGCUUCAUGGUGUGGGCGCCGUCGUUCGGCAUCAUGCGCGACGAGCGCUACUUCCCGGACCCUCACUCGUUCCGCCCCGAGCGCUGGCUGCGCGACCGCUGCCCGCAGGAACUGGAGCCCCGCCUGAGGGACCCCCACGCCUGGCGCCCCUUCGAAGUCGGUCCGCGGAACUGCAUCGGCCAGGAGCUGGCCAUGAUUGAGGUUAAGAUCGCCAUGGCCAUGAUGUUGAGGAGGUUUGAGAUAAUCCCGACGUACUCGCAGAAGGUGGACAGCAAGUUCGAUUUUCUGGGCGGCCAGGCCUAUCCUGUGCUGUUUGGCACGGCGAAGCCCAACCAGGGCAUGCCGGUGAAGGUAGUGGAAAGGAAGAUCUAG